ACCAGAUCAACACACAAACAUUGUGGAAUUAGAUUAGAUGUUUUUGACUGUUAUUCACAAGAGGACUUGUUUUGGAUUUAAAGUCAAUAGAAUAUGUUUCUACUCUACACACAUUUUUUCAAGGAACAGUGCAUCUGGUUAACGUUGUUCCUGUUCAUCAAGUACCCAGGUCUGGUACAGACUGAUGGGAAUUUAGGGUCUUCACACCUACUGAAUGGAAGCCUAGGGCAGUCAUUUGCUUUACCAGCACGUAUUCCAUGGCCAGACCCGCUGAUACUUACUUGGGACUUCAGAAGUUCAUCCACUGGGAGAAAAAUUCAAAUCUGUAACAAAGCCCGAAACCAUCCAGCAGAAUGUAGCAAUGACUUUAGAGAGAGGUUCCGAUUAAAUCUCACCGACUACAGUCUGGAAAUAGAGACUCUGAAGAAAAGUGACCAAGGCUGGUAUGAAGUUAAUGCAAGAUUAGGACAGGAAAUCCAUGUAGAACUGAUGGAAUUGCGGGUUUAUGAACGAGUCUCACAUCCAGCAAUACAAUGGACAACCAACGUUUCCAUUGAGGGAAUCUGUAACGUUACUCUGAAGUGCUCAGUGGAGAAUGAUGGUGACCUGCUCUAUGGCUGGCGGCGAGAAGAGAUGGUCACAAAUGUUAAGUCACAGAGUGUUACCAACAAUGGUAGAACACUCAGCGUUUCCUUAACUCUGCAGAAUACCAGUACAGUUUACAGCUGCAUAGUGAAGAACCCUGUGAGUGAGGAGACUGAAAGUGUGGACCUCAUAGUGGCCUGCAAUGGAAGAGAGAAGGGAGAUGCCACUCUGAAUUCAAUCCAUAUCCUGGGAAUACGAAUGGUGAUAUUUAUCGUCGCUGUCAUUAUCAGUGUUGCUAUCACUGGCUUCUGUGUCUGGCAUCGAAUAACAGUUAAAGGAAACUAAAAUACUUUCUAAAGCUUUGUUCAGCAACAAUCUAGAGGAAAUAUAAUACAGCAAAUAACAGCAAAAAUUACAGUAACCUUUGGUUAAUAUUCAAAGACACUGACAAAAGCUAAUUGAAUUUAUUAACAGCUAAU